GUGGUCUGCUGCUGGUGGCUGUGCUAUGGCGGUUCGGGGUUAGUUAACCGCGGAAGUGUGGAGCUCAGAUUUUAUCGGCGGGGUUCAUCUUUGUGUUUAUACAGUCGGACUGAUCAGAGAGCACUACACCCUCUCGCGGGUGUCCUAGUGUCCAUUUUGUUUUGUUUUGUUUUGUUUUUUUUUGUGCAGAAAGAAACGGAGUCGCUGUGAACUCACUGAUUUUUCCCCAUUCUACAAGGAUUCAGGUGGGCGCGCCCGAGACACAGGAGGGAUGCAAACAUAGACUACUUGUCGCUUUCCUCUGGCGUGGACCUUCAUUGUGUGAGCACCUUCCGAUUACAGGAAAAAAUAUGUGUAUGGAGAAGGAAUUUUAUUCUGAACAAGGUGCUCAGGUGCAUGGACUGAUCUAUUUUAUCGUCCAUGCUGCAUAGUGCAUCUGUUUAGAUGAAGGCGAAGCCCGUGCGUGGAAAUUUUGACAGGUUGUUGAUUGGUGAAUAAAAUCAGCUUAUUUAAUAAUAAUAAUAAUAAUAAUAGUAAUAAUAAUAAUAAUAAACAAUGUUGAGCGGACCGAUCGCUUUUCCAGUGCAGCUGCACGAUGUGAUGUGUUGAUUUAAAUAUCAUCAGCACCAGAAAGUGACACUGACGAUGCAGGUUUGCUUUAUAAAAAAUAUUUUUUUCCUUGCGACCCUUGUGGCUCUGGCGGACGGGGACGAUGUCCACACCAAGGCAUCCAGCGCCAUGCGGUAUGCGAGGAGACAAGCCACAGGUCCACCUCAGUGGACGCCCUCCCAGGAUGCCAGGAUGCCGUUAUUACUGAACAGCGGUAAUGAUACACAUUUCAGUCGAAGAUGCAAAUUUAAAAAGUCGGGAUGUUACUUUCUGUCACACAGGAUGGACAGGACCACCCAUGGAGAAAAGGCGGUCCACAAUCACUACAAGAUAUGGAAAAAGUUCAAUGAACAUGAGAGAAACCACAGGCACAGAAGAGGUGCAAAGGAACGGCACAAGAAACUGACAUGGGAAGUAAAGAAGAGAGGAACUGGAAGUACGAAGAUGUCUGCGAAUGCUCUCACUUCACCUUUAACAUGGUGGGAACCGAUGCCCAAGCCCUUGGCCCUCGCCGCCACAGAUUUCCCUUUUGACAUAACCAAACAUGUGGAGUUUUACACCAGGCGCAUGGCCCCAGAUAACCCAUGGGAUGCAACACCUAUGACCCCACCAUACCCUGAAGACGAGGAAAAUGAGUAUUUCCCUAACCCAUUCUAUCCGGUUACGAGCGAAACGUACACAGCCUACGCCAUCACAUGUUUCUCUGUACUCAUUUUUGUGAUAGGGAUCAUUGGAAAUGUUGCAGUCAUGUGCAUUGUGUGCCAUAACUAUUACAUGAGGAGCAUCUCCAACGCCCUUUUAGCUAACCUGGCUGUCUGGGAUCUGGCCGUGUUGUUGCUCUGCAUGCCCCUUGUGGUGUUCCACGAGCUGACUAAAACCUAUCUACUGGGCCACUUCACCUGUAAAGUUAUCCCCUACAUUGAGAUUGCCUCACUGGGCGUGACCACCUUCACCAUUUGUGCCCUGUGCAUUGAUCGAUUCCGUGCCGCCACCAACGUACAGAUGUACUAUGAAACAAUUGAGACAUGUGCAUCUGCUGCUGCUAAGCUUGCUGUGAUCUGGGUUGGCGCGUUACUCUUGGCACUCCCCGAACUUCUGAUCCGGCAGCUGGUGAAGGAAUCCGACACAGAGGACGUGGAGCGGUGUCUGGAACGCAUCUCCACUUCAAUGCCUGAGACUCUUUACACUCUGGGCCUGGCGUAUGAGAGUGCUAGGCUCUGGUGGUGCUUCGGGUGCUAUUUCUGCCUGCCUGCUCUGUUUACCAUCGGCAGCUCGUUAGCCACAGCACGCCGCAUGCGCCAGGCCGAGCGUGGAUGCCCACGCGCCAACAAAAAGCAGAUGCGCCUGGAGAGCCGCAUGAACUGCGUUGUCGUGGCACUGGCGGUGGUGUAUGCUGCCUGUGCAGUGCCCGACAACGUCGCAAACAUGGUGGCGGCCUACAUAGGGCACCUGGAAAUUGUGGGUGUACUGCGCACACUCGGUCAGCUCUUACUCUUCUUGCGCACUGCGAUCACACCCGUCUUGCUGCUUUGCCUGUGCCCACCGUUUGGUCAUGCUUUCCUAGAGUGCUGUUGCUGUUGCACAAAUAUGUGUGGUGCGGCGGCGUCCUCAGCGGUGGGCAGUGACGAUAACGAGCAUGAAUGUACCACCGAGCUGGAGCUGUCUCCAUUUAGCACCAUCCGUAGGGAGAUGUCCAACUACACUGCGACAGGGUCCCACUCCUGAGCCACCGGUGCCAUGUAUGUGUCAGUGCCAACAAUUCUACUACACAGUGUAGUGUGGAAGCACAUACUUUCUCACUUCUGUAAAUACUGUCUUAUGAAGUAAUGUACAAAACUUAAUUACUUUUUUGUAUUAUUAUUAUUAUUUGUAUUAGUAUAUGUUUUUAAAACCUAGCGACUCUUUGCCUAUUUUUUGCACUGCCAACCGCUUAAGCUUUCUUUCUAUGUCUCUGCAUCUUAUUGCUAGUAACAUUCCUAUGAUAUCUGUAUAUGGCAAUAUGUUCCAUGCCUUGAUCUUUCUUUUAAUGAAGGUGAUUGUGUAACUCUGUCUUGAAUUGCGUGAAGCAGUACACUUGAACACCUGAAGAAAAUCCCUGUGUGUGUGUGUGUGUGAUAGCAGAAAAGAAAAGUAGAUAUCGACACUAUGCUCAGUGUGCUUAAUGGUUUCUAAGUCCAUUUUUAUAUAACCAAAAAUUCUCUUUAAUAAACUCAAGUGUUUGCUGGGAAA